GACUGACUUGGCCUCACUGGAGACAGUGUUUAUAGUUUCAGACUGGACACAAAGGCUGAUAACUCCUUAAUUAAUACGCUUCUGUAUGAUACUAUCUUUAUCGGUUUUAACUUGCUUCUUUACCUCAUUGUCAGAAGGUGCUAGAUUAAAUUCUAGUUUUGCAUAACUUCGUACUAUACGUAUUAUUUUACGUAUAAAAACAAAGUUGUAUCAGUAUUGGGAAUGCCUUAUUUACCAUGUACAGAAUCUAAGUAUUCAGGAAUGUAUUUUUUUUGUCUCACAGCUUGUUCGUAAUGAUUAAUCAUGUGACGUUUAAGUAUCUUAAAGUUUUGUUUUUUUUAAACAUUUAUGUAAAACGCUUUUAAGAGAUUUAAUAAUUACUUGUUGUGUGAUUCUAGUCAGAGCUCGAAUUGAAGAGAAACUCAGGAGAACGUCGUUCCGAUUGUUAAAAUAAAUAUAAAUUUCGUCUUUAUCGUUAAUAAAUUAUGCGCAUAGGGGAACGUUUCGUGAGUAAGAAAUACCCCACUGACUGACUUCGCCUUAAUGGAAACACGAGUGUACAGUUGCAGUUGUGCUGACCUCCAUUUGUCAGAUAUUAUGUCCAUCUCUCCAUCAACUGUUGGAGAAUGCUACACGUAAACAUGGAUCAUUCACAAACUGAAAGUGAUGCGACACCUAGCGGAAAGAGAAAUCCUUUUGAUUUCUUUUCUAACAUUUUUAGGAGAAAAAACAAGGGUUCAGAAACAGAUGGUACGGACAGAAGUGAAGAGUCCUUAGUAGGGAGCGAAAGUCGGCUUACUCCUGAAAACAAGACUUUUCUCUCUGAAAAUAGGGUUCACCAAAUAAAUUCACUCAUCGCAUCACCACAGACCGGGAGUGACGUUAACUCAUGUGAUGGCAUGUUCUCUCGUUCACCCGUGUCUCCGAGGAAGGGAAAGACCAUCCAUCAGGACAUGGAAGCUCUUCGUCUAUCUCGAGGAGACAACCCUUACAUCCAACAAAAACUGGAGAAGAUCAGUUGCUAUGAAGAAGGGUUUUCAUCACCUUCCAAGUCAGAUCAAGAGAAAUUAGUUGAAAACGAUGAAUCUCCUGGUGAUGAGGAGAUCGAUGAAAACUUGCAUGCUCACCUGAUCCGUAGUCCACCUCCUCAUUUUCCCCGAACAAUUGCGGAAUUUGUAUUUCCUGACAAGAGCGAUUCCCCACGGCACAGACCAAAGGACACUCAAUCGGGGGUCUACCCCACUGAAACUACAUUCACAGCGUCUCCUGGAGGCAGAAGUCAGUACACUUCUCCACAGACAGGACCUCGGAGUUUGUUGACAUCGCUCCCAUCUGUGGAAGCAUUACAAAAUAGAGACACAAAGAAAACCAGAGAUUUAAACCCUUUGCUUUGUAAACCGGGUAUGGAUGUAAUAGAUCCUGGAAUUAAAGAGAUACUUCAGUCACAGAAGAAGAAGUUUUUCUCUAGUCAGAAGAGAGAUCUAAACCAUCGAGACAGAGGACCAGAGGUUAUACUCACUCCUCAAAGGACGAUGGCUUGUGUUUCCAGUCGACCUAAAUGGUCCCCUGCAGUCAUCCCCUGCCCAAUGUCUUACCUUCCUUCCCCAGCAUUGACGGUCACUAGUUCUGUUUCCAUGCCUGGACUGAAUGGUCUAAGUGUCGGUGAAGAGUGUGAGCUACCUAGAAGUUUGGCUCCGUUGAAAGGAGUUAAAAUAAAAACAGGUAACUUACUCGCGUCUUCGUCCGUGCAAGAUCUCGGAGCACCAUCUACAAGUUACGGUUCUAAGCGGGAAGCUAAAGCAACUUCACGGUCGCUCGUGUCUGGAACAAAGUUUGGAAGUAAAGAAUCUUUACUGAAGACGAGUAGGUCCUCAUCACUGGAUUCUGGUUGAAUUUCAUUUAUUACAAGGAUAUGGAUGAUAUAAGUCUUUGUAAAUUGCUUCUAAAUAUAAAACUUGAUGUAAAAUAUAUCUUAAAAUAUUAAUUGUUGUAUUUUAUUAAACGGAAGUUUCAA